CCUAUUGGCUCGACUCUGGCCCUGGCUGCGGCAGUUGACAUUCUACCGACGCGUCAGCCAUUUGCUCUGGUCGGCUUUAGCAGCUCUCGUCCAGCUACGCAGACAUCGAGUCCAUCCGGCGGGCGUGAUGCGUGAUACCAGCCAGCAAACCUGCUGCUGCCAGCCCCUGGUGGAUGAGUUUCAGUGUGCCAAGUUUUCACUGUACCACGAUCAGCCCGCCGACUUUUGUCGCUCCCAAUGGCAGCGCAGCGAACGCUCUUUCAUCUGGCUGAUCUAUCGUUGGCUCCUGGCGGCCUUCUUUGCAGCUGGGGUCAUUAGCAGUCUGGUCGAUCAAUUCAAUGAAGGCACAUGGUUCAUCUAUCUAACCGAUUGGGGUUUCUCCUUAUGCUUCUAUGCCUGUGCCUAUGGCGCCAUUCUGGCCACCAUAUACUUUAUAAAGCCCGGCUAUUUUGUCUCUGGCAGCUGGGCUCUUAGGAUAUACUGGUGCUCGCAUUUUACGACAACAGUUUUGGCCCUGAUGAUAACGUUGGUUUUCUGGACAGCGCUCUAUCCUAGCACGUCUGACGGUCCCGUUGGACUGUACAAUCUGUGGGCACAUGCGUUCAAUUCCAUUUGCAUGCUCUUCGAUUGUUUCGUCGUGGCCUUUCCCACUCGCCUGAUGCACUUUGUUUAUCCGCUCGCGGUGGGCCUCGUCUAUGGCGUGUUCUCGCUUAUCUAUUUCUGGGCCGGCGGCACCGACUUCUUUGGUAAUCGCUAUAUAUAUUUCAUUCUGGACUGGGAGACGCCGGGCUUGGCCAUUGGCAGCGUUUGUGGCUGCAUUGUGCUGGCGCUAUUCUUUUGCGUCGUCAUCUUCUGGAUCUAUAGACUAAGAUUGUGGAUGCUGGAGCGCUGUAGCAAAACUUCUGCCAUUGAAGUACGGCAGACGGCCACAUCAGGCGCUGAAGCUGCUUAAUUAAAGUUGAAAUCUAAUUUGUA